UGAUACCAAGCAGGAAGAGAAGCCAGCUCACUCCUCUCUCUUAGCUUUGUCAGCUGCGCAGGGCAAACUGAAGGAAGAUGCAGUAACAACUAAAGCCAGCAGGAUGAAAUUCAGCUGACUCCCUGGAGAGAACACUCGGAGCCCUUGGUCACGAACCAGAUGAAGUGGGACUUCGUCCUAGUAUGUGACAAACACAAGCCUGGCAGCAAGAAAAAAGCUAAGAGGAAGAAAUUCCUGGAAGAGUUGGAAAAGAAAGGAUUUAUCAUCAAGAAAAUUGAGGACAAGAAACUAUUCUAUGGGGUCCAUGCCCCGAGUGAAAUCUUCCGAAAAUACCAAUUUCUGCUGAGGAAUCCAGACGGUGGGUUGCAGAAUCACCACACGCAGGAGGAUGUGCCCAUCACCACCAGGAUACGUAUCGUCAACUUUAUCCUGCAGAACACGGAGAUUUCUUGUGAGGCUCCCUUUGGCAGCGAACAGGAGCAGCGGCGGGGCAGCAACCCAGAGACGCUCCAAAGGCUGAUAAAGGCGAAGGUCUUUGAGGCAGCAUUCCCACUGCAUGAGCAAGGAGAGCUGAGAAUAUUACUGAAGAGGAAUUGGGCCCAAUGGAGAAAGAUACUGAAGGAACAGCCAAUUGAGGCUAUCAGGAGUUAUUUUGGGGAGAAGGUGGCCCUGUAUUUUGCCUGGCUAGGCUGGUACACCUGCAUCCUGUUCCCAGCUGCUGUGCUGGGCCUGCUUGUUUUCCUGUAUGGGAGCUUUCAUUUUGAUUCCAGUCAGGUCAGCAAAGAGAUCUGUGAAGCCAACACCACCAUCAUGUGCCCACUCUGCGACCAGAACUGCCCAUUCUGGCAGCUGUCGGAUACUUGCACCUAUGCCAAGGUCACUCACCUGUUUGACAACGAGGGGACGAUUCUCUUUGCAGUGCUCAUGGCUCUCUGGGCCACCGUGUUCCUGGAGCUGUGGAAGAGGAAAAGGGCUGAGGUGGUCAGUGACUGGGAACUGUACUGGUGGGAUGAAGAUGAGGAGGAGCUGGCCUUGCAGCUGAUCAAUAACCCAGAGCAUACCCUCAAGGAGUACCAGCACUCUUAUAUCCGCAGCACUAUCCUGCUUCUCUUAGUCCUGCUCAUGAUCACCGUGCUCAUUGGCAUCGCCCACGGUCUCGUCAUCUACCGGGUGGUGGCGACUGUCGUCUUCACCCAAAGCAACUUCGAGUUCAUCCGAGAACGGGCCAGCACCGUGGCGGUGAUGACGGGGGCCGUACUGCAUUACAUCACCAUCAUCGUCAUGACCAAGGUUAACAGGCGGGUGGCGCUCUUUCUCUGUGGCCUGGAGACUCCGCGGACAUUCUCAGAGCGUGAGAACAUCUUCACUGUGAAAAUCUUCACCUUCCAGUUCUUCACCUACUUCUCCUCGCUGAUCUACAUCGCCUUCUUCCUGGGAAGGAUUAACGGCCGUCCUGGGAACUACGUGCGCGUAGCUGGCAAGUGGAGGCUGGAGGAGUGCCACCCCAGUGGCUGCAUCACUGAUCUCUUUAUCCAGAUGGCCAUCAUAAUGACCCUCAAGCAGACCCUGAGUAACUUGGUGGAGUACCUCACCCCCUGGCUAAAAUUAAGGUUCCUAAAGUCACUUGCCAACCCAACGAACAAAGACAAAGUUCACACGGAGAAAGGACCCCAGGACUCCUGCAAGGAGCAGUGGCUCAAGAACUACCAACUCAGCGAGGUCAAUGUCUUCAGUUUGUUCGACGAGUUCUUGGAAAUGAUGAUCCAGUACAGCUUCACCACCAUCUUUGUGGCUGCCUUCCCCCUCGCCCCGCUAAUGGCCUUCUUCAAUAACCUCUUUGAGAUCCGGCUGGAUGCCAUCAAGAUGGUGAAGCUGCAGAGGCGCAUAGUGCCUAGGAAAGCCAAAGACAUCGGCAUCUGGCUGCAGGUUCUGGAGGCCAUUGGUAUUUUGGCCGUCAUUGGCAACGGCCUGGUGAUCGCCAUCACCUCAGACUUCAUCCCCAUGCAGGUCUACAAAUACACGUACAGCCCGUGCAAGCUGCAGAACCGCACUGAUAUCAACUGUUUGACAGGUUACAUCAACUACAGCCUCUCGGUGUUCCGUGUCCAGGACUUUGAGUGGCAGAUGAAGCUGCCCGAAAAGCUUCCAGAUUUUAUGAGGAGUGAGAUCACAGAAUGCAGGUACCGGGAUUACAGGAACUCCGAUGACUACAACUACUCUGUUCAGUUCUGGCACGUUUUCGCAGCCCGGCUCGCCUUCCUUAUUUUAUUUGAGCACGUGGCUCUGUGCAUCAAGUUGAUUGCAGCCUGGUAUGUACCCGACAUCCCCCAAUCGGUUAAGAAUAAGCACCUGAAGAAAAAAUAUGAAAAUCUACAGAGAGAACUCCGGUUGGACUGUAUUUCACAUGGAGCACCACAGACUCCCUCUAUUAACAAAGGGAAGUGUAUAAUGGAUCGCUCUACAGAAGUGUAGCAAGUCACUGCGCACACGGUAAGGGGCAGAAGCAGAGACUGCAGACCCAGUAUCCAGCAGGACAGUGCUGUGGGCUUUGGAGGCACUAUACAGGCACCUCCCACAAACCUUGCAACUGCAGUUCAUUCUCUCCUGUUGUUUUGGACUUUGCCUCUUAACUGUGGGGGAAAGAAUGCAAUGGUAAACUUGCAUGAGCAGAUCCUUUAGAAUCUCACUGUGGCAGGGAAGAAGAGGGUAUCUUUAAGAAAUGCUGCAUUUCAAAGAUGUCUCAGAGCUGGGCGGAAACCUUUGCAGUGUUGGCCAAACAUAACACUUUGUCUGAUUUUUUCAAAGAAGCCUAAAAAGGGCUAGACUUUUUUGCUGAAUUUGUCAUGCUUUUUCACCAUCGGGGCAGACACGAUUUUACCCCUGCACCCACCUCCCGCAUUGCUAAGAGGAAAUACCAUACAAGGCCCAAGUCUAUGGGGAUGGGUGGGGUUACCCUGUCUGCUGUACCAACAUUGUCCCCAGUUUAGAGGGACAGUCUCUGUCCCAGCUGACUCUCCUUCCUAUCCUAUGUCUAAGACCUAUUUCUUGAUUAGAUAGAAUUGAUCUUGAGAGACCAGAUUCCUGACUGCUGAUCCCUGGUUCUUACAGUAUUGAUGUGUGACCUUGUGCAAAUUAACCUCUUAGGUGCCUCAGUUGAUGUAAUGGGGCAGACACCUAUCUACCUCACCUGGAUACUGUGCAGCUUAAAUAAUUAAUAUCUAAAGCACUUUGAGGCCUUGUCUACAUUGAGAAUUUGCCCUCAUUCCAUUGCUCGGUGACCAGCCACUGCAAACUCCAAGUACACACAAGGAAAUACUGUGUUUGGCAAGGGUGGAGCUCACCUCGGUUUCAAACAGCAGUUAGUUCCACUGAAGCAGAGUGAGGCUCUUCUUAGCUGUAUGUGGGAUUUGCUCUGGCGCAGCAAGCGACACCAAUUGCUGGCCAAUGUAAACCAGCCCUUGGAUCCUUUCAGAGAUCCUGUGUUAGCAUUUCAUUGAGUCAGGCUAAUCUACAGCAGGCAACCUGGCUUUAUCUUCAGUAGUUCAUUUUAAUCCUUCACUUGUCAUUGGGCUCACUGGCUGGGCUGUGGAGUAGAUUGCUUACUUUCUCUAUCCCCUUUGUAUUUCAUAUGUCUCACCAGUCCUCCUCCUUCCAGUGGAGACUCUCAGUGCUCCAGUACACCUCCAUCACCCAGAAAGCUGCUCUUCUCUCUUUUACUAAAGUGAUCACAGCAGCCGCCUAGCCAGGGGGAGUGAUCUUAAAAAAAAAAAAGGGGCCUCCCGCUGUGGCGCUUUUACUCACCCAGCAGCGCUCUGGGGGCGGGCCCUCACUCGCUCCGGGUGUCUUUGGCGGCACAGAAGGUCCCGCCCCUGGAGUACCGCUGAUGACCCAGAGCGCCGCUGGGUGAGUAAAAGCGUUGCAGCGGGAAAAUUUAAAAGGCGCCAAGACAUUGACAAGGCGCCACUUGUGCUUAGUGCGGGAGCGGCCACUGCCCUGCUCCCCCCCUAGCUACACCACUGGAUCACAGUAGUUCCUCCUAUGGGUAAGGGUGCAGAGCAGGGCCUUACCCUAAAUCUCCUACGUCCCAAGCAAGUACCCUAACCACUGGACAGUAAUGGGGUAGGGUGGCUCCCUCUCUUAAACCCUGCGCUUGUUGGCACUUCACUCCAGGCUAGUUUAGGCCACUCCCCGCUAAGCUGACUGGCUUCAGAAGAUCCCUUCCAUGGGCACCUAACUCUCCCCAUGCCCUUGUAUGGGGAGCCUGAGCACCUGGCUCAGGGUGAUGAUUCCACGAGGUGGCAGGCUGCCUGAGAGCUAGGCAUUACGAUGCUUAGGUACCUUUGUGGAUCGGGGCCCUUGUCAGCCUUCAAUGAGGACUGACAGCUAGGUUGGAAAAAUGUUAGUGUCAGAGUCACAGAGCUAAAGCUCAGUUGGAACACGCCCAGUGGAAAACUCCUAAAUCUGCAAAUGCACAGGUAGAUUCCCAGUACUGCAGUGAAUCCUGUGUGGGAAGAUCCCUUCACACUAAGUGCCAGGGAAAGCUGGGGUCCACCGACUUGGAGCCUGUUAUAGGAUCGGGGCCUUUUAACGGGGCCAAGCUAAACCUAAGUGAGAGAGACUUAAACUCCUGCAACAAAGUUUCAGUAGUUUAGCUAAAUUGGUUUAAUUCAUAUAUAGGGCUUGUCCACAUGCGGGGGUUUAAAAUCACAUUAACGUUAGCUAGUGAGCACUCAAAUGACCUUCCCUGCUCACACAUGCUGCAGUUCUUCCAAGUGGACUAACUGGCCCAGAAAUACUUAUUCUCCAAUCCACUUUGAAAGUUCCUUGCAUAUUGAGGCAGUGCAGACUAACGCUGACAUUCACGCACGCCUCAUUUCACGCUAGGUUGGCAGUAUGCCAGCUUCUAUCCGACUGUACUUUGCCAGGACCAGCCUGUCUGUUUACCUGUGUGCCCUCCACUGCUCUGGGGUCAUGUUGCCCAGAUGUCCCCUCCCUGUUCAAAUGCUGGCAGGAGGCCAGGAACAGUCCAUUUGUUCCUGGAGUACAGCCCUCAAGCCUUCCAGCGGUGCAAUUACUGCCAUCUAAUGCCUUAUGCAGCAGCAUGGAAACCUGCGGAGAUCUUUGAUUGCCUUGCCAUCUGGGGAGACGCAAGGGUGCAGGCAGCACUUUCCAAAAAAAAAAAAAAAAAAAAUAUCACCAGAAUAACGCAGUCUAUGAAGACGUCUCUAAAGAGAUGGCCCCAAAGGGUCACAGUAGGACCCUAUUCAAUGCCACAGCACGAGCAAAGCACUGAAAAGCCACUACAAGAAAACGAGGGACAAAAGAUGGACCUCUAGCAAUGUGUGACCUGUCUUUACUAUGAGACUUUUCUGCUGGGAUGCCAUUAUUGGUGCAAAUUCUGUAUUUAGACAAGUCUUCAAUGUGUAGUUUAAGGAUUGUCUAGUUUUCUUAAAUGAUCAAGCCAAUUAAAUGCAAAUCCACUACCAGCCCUACCACAUUAAAGCUGAGCAACAAAGCACUCGGAGACAGGACGUUCCAGACAUUGAUUCUUGCUGUCGUCAUUCCUGUUUUCCUUGUUCAAUAUCAGCUCUAAAAACGUAUGUAUUUAAUCUAUGCCAGAAAGUAUACGGCCUGAGCACAGUGACUGAAUGAGUCUUGCAGGCAAAAAAAUCUUAGCUUUUCUAAGAUCCUGAUUUGUGAAUUUUUGAUUUGUCAGCCUUGUGCUAAUGCUAGGUUCUACAUUCGUUAUUCACAUAUAAGUGACUAGAUUGUGAAACACGGCGGGGGAAUCAAGCCCUGAUUCAGCCUAGCAUGCAGGCAUGUGUGUAACUUCAAGCAUGUGACUAGUCCACUGAAGUCCAAUGUGGCCACUCCAGGGCCCCCCCAUUCGACUUCAGUGGACUAGUCACAUGCUUAAAGUUACACAUGUGCUUGUGUGCCACGCUGAAUCAGGUCAUUAAUGCAGCCAUUGCCAGACUGAUGUGGCAUUUAAAAUAUUUUCCUGGCCUCCCUUAUUUUGGAUGCCAGGUAUGUUGUCC